CCAGGGGGGAUUAUUAUGAUUAUUUUUCUUUUUUUCUUUUUUGACGGACCGCACAACAAAAAUUUUUUUGUCUUUUCCAUUCUUUUUCUUCCCUUCCUUCUCUCCACCCUACUCCUAUAGUCAUGUCUGCCAAAAUCAUCGGCUGUGUACGCAAUCUUGUGAACAAAACUAUUGCUCUUCAAAAACCUAUCGUUUACGAUGCCAAGGUUGUCGGUGAAAUCGCUAAACAAGUAUAUACCAAGGAAGGUAUGAGCUUCCCCACUGGUGUCCAAUUCAAUGAAGCUCAAACUUUUGUUAAGAAUAAUUUGAAUGUGAAUACUUUGAAAUCUUUGACCUGGACCAACGUGGCUAAAGGUGGUGUUGUACUUGCUGAAAUUUACACUUUCUUCUUGAUUGGUGAAGUUGUUGGUCGUAGAAAUUUGAUUGGUUAUAAUGUCAAGGGUGAAGCUGCCAGUCAUCAUUAGAUUAUGUGUAUUUAUUCUUCCUCAUUGAUUUAUCCCUUCAGUAAACUUAUUUUUAUUUUUGUUACAACUUU